CACCACCCCCUCCCCUGCGUUUUGUCACCACCGGAUACUUUGUCCCUCUGGACAGAAGGCAAAGCGCUCCACGCUUGCCGCUGCUUCCUUCUACGCAACUCGAUUCUCUCGUUGUUCACGUGGGAGCAUGAAAUUCUUCCUUCCGCCGAUGCAGAUUGUCUGAAAACAGAGAGAACUGAACAGAGUCUCUGUGGCUGAUGGCUUCGCUGCAAAUUGCGAAACCCGCUUUCGCUUCCGCCCCUGUCCCCCGAUCGGAAUUUAGCGGGCGCCCGAGGUGGUUUAAGGAAUCGGAACAUAGAAGGAGGAAUUUGAGAUUGGCGAAUUGUGGGUACUCGUGGGAUGGUUUCAAAAGGAGGUCUUUUGUCUCGUGUAGAGUCCAGGAAGGCGGCGAGGGGAAGGGCAAUGGAAAUGGUGAAGAACCUCCUGAAUCGUUGUUUAUGAAAGAAUUAAAAAGGAGGGGCAUGACUCCCACUUCAUUGCUUGAGGACACAAAAAAGAGCACCUUCGACAAUGAAUUAGAAGAAGAGAGGGGUUUCUCAAAAAGAAAUGCUGUCUCUACCGAACCAGGAAAUAAUUUAACCAACCAAAGGGAGCAGUCCAUGGCAUUGAACAGUGAGGGCCUUGAGGGACUGAUUCCACGGGCUAAACUUCUGUUAACACUUGGGGGGACUUUCUUCUUGGCAUUUUGGCCGCUGAUACUUAUUACUGUAGCAUCCUUUUCUGCUCUGUACCUCUAUUUUGGAGCGACUUUUGUCCACGACGGAAGUGAUGUGCAAGCGUCACCACCCCAGUACAUCGAUCCAUAUGCGCUUCUCGAAGAUGAAAGAAUAUCCCAAACAGCUCCUCGAGUUAAGUGAAGCAGAAAAUGUCACCACUCAAGCCAAUUCAUUGAAGAUCCCUGUUGCAACCAGCUACGCUGGCUUAUGUUUAUCUCCCUGUAAAUCCUUAAAUCAGCUAGAACCUUCGUUGUUCUUUUGUUGGUUGCCGGUUGGCUUGUUAUCUUCUUGCAAUUGCUUGAAAGAUGUAAUUGCUACUCAUACCGCUGUGUUCAAUUGGAUAUAUGUUCCGAAUGAAGCAGGCUGCGGAGGCUGUUUCUUGUAAA